CUGAGCUGGGGGAACUUUGCCUGGAUGGCACUUUCCUGUUCUACAGUCUGUCCCUGCUGGAGGGGCUCGGCUCUGAGAUCCAAGAUGGAGUUGUUGAGUCGAGCUGAGCAAGAGAUGAGUCUGGCGGCCUUGAAACAACACGACCCCUAUAUCACCAGCAUCGCAGACCUCACGGGCCAGGUCGCCCUGUACACUUUCUGCCCCAAAGCCAACCAGUGGGAGAAGACAGAUAUAGAAGGCACAUUAUUUGUAUACCGAAGGUCAGCUUCACCUUACCAUGGCUUUACCAUCGUCAACCGACUGAACAUGCAUAAUCUGGUUGAACCAGUGAAUAAAGAUUUGGAAUUUCAGCUCCAUGAACCAUUUCUUCUGUAUAGAAAUGCAAGUUUGUCAAUAUACAGUAUCUGGUUUUAUGACAAGAAUGACUGUCACCGCAUAGCAAAACUCAUGGCUGAUGUGGUAGAAGAGGAGACACGGCGCUCCCAGCAGGCUGCUCGAGAUAAACAAAGUCCCAGCCAGGCCAAUGGCUGCAGCGACCAGCGGCCCAUAGAUAUCCUGGAGAUGCUGAGCAGAGCCAAGGAUGAGUAUGAGAGGAAUCAGAUGGGCGGCUCAAAUAUCUCCAGUCCUGGGCUACAGCCAAGCACUCAGCUCUCCAAUCUGGGAAGCACCGAGACUCUAGAAGAGACACCCUCUGGGUCACAAGAUAAGUCUGCUCCAUCUGGUCACAAACAUCUGACAGUAGAAGAGUUAUUUGGAACCUCCUUGCCAAAGGAGCAACCAACAGCUAUAGGUCUAGAGCCAGAAGACACAGACAAGCUGCUGGGAGAUGCACCACAGAAAGAGCCCAGCUCAUUCCUCCCAUUCCCCUUUGAGCAGUCAGGGGGUGCCCCUCAGUCUGAAAACCUGGGUGUCCAUUCUGCCGCUCACCACACAGUCCAGCCUGAAGUCAGUGCUUCAGUGCUGAUUACUCCCGCCUCCAUUGCACAGUCGGGUGACAAGCAUCCCCCAGGCUAUACGCUCCCACUGAGCCCUGUCCUCAGCCCCACUCUGCCAGCCGAAGCUACUACCACACAAGUUCCCCACUUACCUCGGAAUAGCACCAUGAUGCAAGCAGUAAAGACCGCACCUAGGCAGAAAUCUCCACUCCUGAACCAGCCAGUCCCUGAGCUAAGCCACAGCAGUCUGAUUGCUAGUCAGAGCCCCUUCAGGACCCCGGUGAGCCUGGCAAAUCCAGCUGGCACAGCCCUCCCAAGCGUUGAUCUGCUCCAGAAACUCAGGUUGACCCCACAGCAUGACCAAAUACAAGCACAGCCGCUUGGAAAAGGUGUGAUGGCACCCAACUUUUCUUCAGCAGCUGGCCAACUGGCCACCCCUGAGAGCUUCAUAGAGCCUUCCUGUAAGACAGCAGCAGCAAGAGCAGCAGUCUCAGCCUCCCUGAGCAACAUGGUGCUUGCUCCAACCCUCCAGUCUAUGCAGCAAAACCAGGAUCCUGAAGUAUUUGCCCAGCCUAAGGUGUUACCCAGUGCCAUCCCGAUUGCAGGCCCUCCAUUGGUUACUGCAACAACCACAGCAGUAUCCUCGGUCCUGCUGUCCCCCAGUGUGUUCCAGCAAACAGUUCCCAGGUCCACAGACCUAGAGAGGAAAGCCAGCUCCCCCUCUCCCCUCACUGUUGGAACACCAGAAAAUCAGAGAAAGCCUUCCAUUAUUCUCAGCAAGUCUCAGCUCCAGGAUACACUGAUACAUCUAAUAAAGAAUGACUCCGGCUUCCUCAGUACACUUCAUGAAGUUUACCUGCAGGUUCUGACCAAGAACAAAGACAACCACAACCUAUGACUGCAGUGAAGGCAGUGUGAAGGGAGAGGGUCCACCUCAAAACAAGCAGGCUUCCUCACAGGACAUCUAGGUAGAACAUGGAUCUCUGAGGAGCCUGCGAGAGCCUUGUCAUUGAGGCUGUUUUGUAGAGACGUUCUCAGUGAUGAUGGAGGUUUCACUGUGAAGCAUCACCAGCAGACCUUUGUUUGACAAAACAACAAGAGACCAUUGUGUUGAGUUAUGUGGGAGUUUUCAUCAGCUAUAAGCCAGUGUGUGGAAUGAGUUGCCUGAUUGUCAGCUUGCUUUCCAGGCCUGGGGAGGAGCCACCAGCCUUGCAGCAGAGCUCAGUGGAGCCCUCAUCCUCCCUCCUCUACCCCUAGAAGCUCUGAACUUAAUGUCAGCUCACAGAGUAGCUUCAAGUUUUAAGGAUCAGAAUUUAAGUUGACUCUUUGUGAAGUAUGUUUUCUAUGAGCACCCCGCUUGGGCCUUAAGACUUCUGGGAUGUCUUUGUGUUCCGGUAAGUGUCUCUGGUCCUGCCCUGUGCAAACUCCAGUGAAGCACUGCUCUUUGGGUAGGGCCCGCUGGGCCCUGGUGGAAGAGACUUCACGCCGAUGCAGAGGCCGGGCCACACAGAUCCAGAUCCUACCAGAAGGCUCUGCUUUAGUGAACUCGGCAGUUCAAGUGUCAAGUUUCUGUGUGAAGCGCAGCCUUAUUUUCCUUUUCUGUCUAAACACAGUUCAAGUUAUUGUUGAUUGUUUUCCUUAACACUUUGGCAAAAGGACCAGUGGACCAAUCUGACAAAGCCAUUCUGGUUCCAUUCCUCAGAUGUGCUGAGGGCAUUUAAAGCUAUGCAGAGAAUGGAGCUGUCCUCACACUGCCCUUCCCUUGUUGUAGAAUAUGGAGUCAAAAGCAAGUGUGAGACACAGAACCUCACAGUAUAUUCCUAGGCUGCAGGCUCUCCCAGCCGCAGUGCAGAACUGUAAAGAUGCUUUGUGAUGCUGCUAUUGAUCUGCCAUGGUUUCUAUUUAUUCUUUUAUGGCAUGUAAUGGUGUUUGGUAAUAUUUUAAUGUAGAAUUUGAUUAUUUCAGCAAUAGUAAUUUUGAGAUAUUCUUUGAAUGAAAAGUGUCUUCGUUUCUAUGAUACAGGUCAUUUUCUAGUAUUUAACCAAUUAAGAUGCACUGCUUACUUUCUGAGCACUAUUUAAUGAUGGGUAAGAACCCAGUUGACUCAACCAGCUAGCGUAAGGAUUCGCUGUGAAUAAUGCUGACAGAUGCAGCAGUCCCGGACAGCUGCUUAAGCUUUAAUGGGAACUCAAUCAAAGGCUCAUCGAUUUCUCUCUAGCUGAAGUUUUAGAAAAUUACUUAUUAAUUACUUAUUUUACUUUGGUCUUAGUUUUUUAGCCUGAAGAACACUUUGAUUGGCUUAUGCUGAUCUCAACAUGCUUCCUGGACAAUGUUUCUGCUUCUCAGUUGACCGUCUUCUCUUGUCUACCUAGUUAUGUGUGAAGUGUGCAGAAUUCAGGGAAGCUUAGACUUUUUCAUACUAAGUUAGGGAUAGUUUCAUGAUAGUGUGUAAAUAUAGCAACCAAAAAUUAAUUGUUCACGUGUCAUCUAAGCAAAGUAAAGUCAUAGUGAGGUGAUGAAUGUUGCUGACAGGAGGAGGUGGUGGUGGUCAGGGAGCCGCAGGGCUGUUCUCUAAAGUGAACACGCCUGUAGACCUGAUCAUCCCCAAGUGUGGUCUCAGUGGACAUCAGUAAACAGAUGAUUCAAAGCAUCUUCUUCCGAUAGGUAUGUGAAUUUCACUGAUGCUUGAGUGUGUGUAAUGUUAUGUGAGGGUAAAGAAUGGGUACCCGAAAGAGCGUCUGCAGUCAGACCUGAUACUCUGACCCUUUAAUCCUAGGAAUGACUAUGAUAAACAGAAGGAGAACUUCUGAGAAGGAAGGCUUCCUCAGUGUAGAUGUAAAUUGAGUGCUGACGGGAUGGAGACUUGAGGCGGGUAAACCUGUUUCCGCUCUGAGAUUUACAUGCUCCAAGCAUUUACUUAAAGUUCAGAAGCCAGAAGUUGCAGAUCGUGACUUCUAGGAAGCUAGGCCAGAAAGAGUCCCCAGCGAGCCAGGCCAAGCCUGACGAUAGGUGCAGUUGGAUGAGUCUGGCCCGAGAGUCAGCUCUGUUGCCUUACUCCUCAUUCAGGCAUAUUGUCCAGACCCUCUGCUAGCUAGCGUAGCUUGCAUGUUUACAGUGUCUUCUGGAACCUAGUUAGACUGAAAGGGACAUUGGAGAUGCUUCUUGCUAAGUUGGCAGAGUCCAGAAGACCUCAUUAGGCCAUUUGGUCCAUCUGUGUACAUACCCUACCCCCUCACCCCGGUGGUCAAAGGGUCUGGGAAGAGCAGCCCAGAGUUUGGCAUGCAGCGUGUCUGGGGUGUCACCAGUGAGUGACACUGCUCUUUUUGUUGUAGUUAAUGUUAUGUCUUUGAAUGGGUGAACACCCUAGCUGACCCCUCCAGUCCCUCUCAGACUGCCUUGUUCCGGUUGUUACCUCUCCGGGGCCCUGCUUGAUCUACUUGACUUUGAGUGCUGAAUCUCAAGUGACCAUCAGUAUCAGGAAAGGCGUCACCUGCGGGCUCCAUACGGACUGUCCACAGCUUGCCCUGGACAGUGAUGUUCAUUCCACACCCAAGUCAGGGCCUUAGCCCAGACUUGGCUUAGAUACCAAUGACCAGAUUUUGCAUGUGCAAGCAUUGGUUAUAUCUGUGGCCUGAAUCUUCUUAUGGGAAUUAAUUAUAAAUGCCAUUGAAUCCACUAGUAAAUAAUCUUUUUAAACCAUGCAGCUUUAUUGCUCUCUUCCCCCAAAGAAUGUCCUUUGAAAUUUCCUCAUUUCAGUUGUAGAGGCCGUAACUGUCGUUGUGAUACUGAUAAUGCACCAUUUGACUGGAGGUGCCUACCUGCUUAUACAGCAGAGUUGGCCAGCAUACUGCAGCUCGGAGGGAAGAGAAGGGCACAGGCACAGGAGGACCCUGAGCUUCAGGCACAGAGUGGGGGCUCAUGGCCCAAGUCCUGGUCCUCGUGGCACACCUGCUGAGGACCAUGUGUUUCUUCUGCCUGCCUUUGUUUUUCCUCGGUUGUGUUCAGUGUACCUUCUGGAACCAGCAGUGCCCGCCCUGUUCAAGAAUCCGAAAUGCUCAGGUCUGUGCAAAGCACCUUACAGUGGGCUUUGAAGGCCGUCCAUGGGGAGCAUUUCCACGAGGACCAGGGCCUCUGGGAGCCUGUGGGGUUUAGGUUUGGGGUUGUUUUGGUUUUUUGUUUUGGUUUGGUUUUUUUAUUUCAAGUUUCAGCAGGAGAGACGUGCAAUGUUUCACUCAGAUUCCAAUUUGCCAUCAGUCUUUCAAACGCUGCAAUGCAAUACAGAUCACUUUGAAGUGGGAAAAAAAUGCAAAGUUGUGUUUCCCUUUUGUCUGUGAAACCUUAAGACGUGUGUUGUUGGUGUACGUGCUGAGUGGUCUUAUUCUCUACUGCUUUGGCCGUGUGGUUCUCAUGACUUCAUUGCACCAGGCUCUCAGCCCUUCCGAGGAGACGAGAAGCCCCGCGCCACAGUGAAGCUUUCGUUCCGUGAGCGCAGUACCACCUCAUUAACCUUUUUAGUGGUGUGGAUUUUAUACCAUCUCUGUAUGUUUGCAAAUAUUAAGUUAUUACAUGUUUUAAAAUGAGCAUUUUUCAUCCUAAAUUUUAUAUGUUUGCAAAUAUAUUUUUUUAAUAAAAUUUCAAAACCAAGUUUUA